UCUUUUUUGCAAAUAUUGUUCUUGUUAAGUUGGUGGGAGGAAGUCAUGGUCAUUUGAGCCAAGGCUCUGUAUUUUAAGAGAAUAAUAUUUCUGCUUUGGCAAGAACCUGUGGCUCCCAGAAUAAACUAUGCGUAUGAAGAAUUGUUAAGUGGUUUACUCCACUCGGCUUGAUAGUCCGAAGUGAACGCCUUGUUUCUGUAUUUAUAUCAACUAUAAUUAUCCUUAUCACAUUUCAAAAUUCUGCUUCUUAGGUGUUUCAUUAGUCUUUCUAGGGCAAGUCUCCCUUCUUCCAGAUGUUUUCUGUUAGAGUUUCUGGGAGUUGCUUGGCUCUAAGCACAGCCAUCUCAAUACCAAAAUGUGUUUUAAAGGAGAGUCCCUAUUCAUUUGCUGUCUAAAAAUAUUAGAAAUUCACUUGAUUUCUUGAACAAUUGACUAGGUUCUGUAAUUGCAAAUAAGCUGGCUUUAUUUUUUAAAUUGUGCAUUUUUAAACAGUUUAGAUAUGUUUAGGUGGAAUGAGAGUUUCCACGAUGGCAGAGUAGGUGAUCCCAAUCAACUUUCCCACCAAAAAGAACUUGAAAUGGUGGACAAAGUGCAGAAAUUUUGUGAGGAUUGGGUAAAUACACUUAAAAAUUGACUGGCAUUGUAUUAGACUUAUAUAUCAGUUUAAUUAUAUGGUAUUAAAACCUUCUAAUUUUAUGGUAACAGGAUAUGCAUAUUUGAAGAUUAUUUCAAAAAGAGUUCACCAACUGAUAUUGGGAGUCUGCAUUAUUCACACAUCUCAUUCUUCUGCCCUCAUUGAAGGAACUCUCAUUUUGAGAGUACUACAUUGACUGUUAAUAAUCUUUAUGUGACAGACAAAACAGCAGACUCCCAAAGAGAAGUUCCAGUUAUGACAAAGUAUUUACUUAUUAUACCUAAUGGAUGUUUGAAGAGAAAACACCCUAGAAAUAUACAGUUAACCAGCAACUCCCACGAAGCUAGUAACUCACAAAUUUUCAUUGCUGUUCUGGUUCUUUCAUUUUGGUCUUAUGAAGCCAGAUGAACCUGUGUCUUUAUUGUAGCUCUUCUAUCACCAUCAUAACUAUAAGUAACAGGUGUUUGUUCAGCACCCAUACAGAUGUUUAAGACAGAGAAGAGACCUGCCCUGAAAAUUACAGUAAGGAUUGUCUGGGCCCCCUGGUGCUGGAAAAUCAACCUUUAUAGAGUAUUUUGGAAAAAUGCUUACUGAGAGAGGGCACAAAUUAUCUGUGCUAGCUGUGGACCCUUCUUCUUGUACUAGUGGUGGAUCACUCUUAGGUGAUAAAACCCGAAUGACUGAGUUAUCAAGAGAUAUGAAUGCAUACAUCAGGCCGUCUCCCACCAGUGGUACUUUAGGAGGUGUGACAAGGACCACAAAUGAAGCUAUUCUGUUGUGUGAAGGAGGGGGAUAUGACAUCAUUCUUAUUGAAACCGUAGGCGUGGGCCAGUCGGAGUUUGCCGUUGCGGAUAUGGUUGACAUGUUUGUUUUACUGUUGCCACCAGCAGGAGGAGAUGAAUUGCAGGGUAUCAAGAGAGGUAUAAUUGAGAUGGCGGACCUGGUGGCCAUCACGAAAUCUGACGGAGACUUGAUUGUGCCGGCUCGAAGGAUACAGGCAGAGUACGUGAGCGCCCUGAAGUUACUCCGCAAGCGCUCCGAAGUCUGGAGACCCAAGGUAAUUCGUAUCUCCGCCAGAAGUGGAGAGGGCAUCAGUGAAAUGUGGGAUAAAAUGAGAGAGUUCCAGGACCUCAUGCUCGCCAGUGGGGAGCUGACAGCCAAGCGGCAGAGGCAGCAGAAAGUUUGGAUGUGGAAUCUCAUUCAGGAAAGUGUGUUAGAACAUUUCAGGACCCAUCCCACCAUCCGGGAACAGAUCCCUGUUAUGGAAAAAAAGGUUCUUAGUGGGGCCCUGUCCCCAGGACUAGCAGCAGAUGUGUUGUUGAAAACUUUUAAAAGCAGAGAGUAAGGAAAUUUAUCAUGUGCAAUGAUUUUAUAUAUCAUUUCACAAAUUAUUUUAAUAUUAAAAGUCACUUGAAGGCUUAUAUUUUCAGUAAUUAUUUUGUGGUGCCCUUGGCCUCAUUUGUGAACCAUGCUUGAAAAGUUGAAAAAUGUUAGAUAUGGCUGGCAAAGGUCAGGCCCUUGGCAGUAUUUAUAAGGUACCUGUUACGUGUUACUGACUUCCAUUUCUUUCUCUUCUUACACCCUGGCAUGGUAGGUGGUGGGGGGGGUCCUUCUCAUCAGUCACAGGCCGAGAAAACUGAAAGAACAGAAAAGGCUCAUGCCUUAAAAUGUUUUCUUUGAUACUGUAUUCUCUGAGUUUCCAGAGAGAAUGUAAGUAAGAGUGACCACAUUUCUGAUUUUUUACUUCAGACCAGAAUCCUACACAAUGGGGUUAAGAGCUAAAAAUCACAACUGAUAUUUAGUGUACCAGACUAUUCUAGGGAUUUCUGAAAUGGCCAUGUAAUGUACAUGAGUAACCAAACAAGUGGAAUGCAUAGUGAUGUGAACACAGUUUUAAAGUCUACUUGUCUAGACUUGUGGACCCCCCAUGAUAGGAGAGCCCAAAGGGAGCUGGGAGAAAUCAGCUACAAAUAAUGUGGCCCAUUAAUCCCCAGGAGUUGGAGUAUACCCCCAAAAGACCCAAGUGAGGUCACAAUGAUUUAAGGGGUAUUCAGUUUCAAUAUUAUCAGAGGCUUUUGCUUCUUUUCCUCCUUGGUCUUUUGACUUCAUAUUAGCAUCUUAAACAUCUGCCCUACUCCUGAUGAGGAGGAGCAAGUUUUGUUCUCCGGAGGGGAACAAAA